AUGGCGAGCAUGGCCGUGCAGCUGCUGGGCUUCCUGCUCAGCUUCCUGGGCAUGGUGGGCACGCUCGUCACCACCAUCCUGCCGCACUGGCGCCGGACCGCGCACGUGGGCACCAACAUCCUGACGGCCGUGUCCUACCUGAAGGGGCUGUGGAUGGAGUGCGUGUGGCACAGCACGGGCAUCUACCAGUGCCAGGUCUACCGCUCGCUGCUGGCGCUGCCCCAGGACCUGCAGGCGGCCCGGGCGCUCAUGGUCAUCUCCUGCCUGCUGGCGGGCGCGGCCUGCGCCUGCGCCGUGGUGGGCCUCAAGUGCACGCGCUGCGCCAAGGGCACGCCGGCCAAGGCCACGUGCGCCGUGCUGGGCGGCGCGCUCUUCCUCCUGGCCGGCCUGCUCUGCAUGGUGGCCGUGGCCUGGACCACGCACGACGUGGUGCAGAACUUCUACAACCCGCUGCUGCCCAGCAGCAUGAAGUUCGAGAUCGGGCAGGCCCUGUACCUCGGCUUCAUCUCCUCGUCCCUGGCGCUCAUCGGCGGCACCCUGCUCUGCCUGUCCUGCCUGGACGAGGCCCCCUCCAGGCCCUACCCGGCCCAGCCCCGGGCCGCCACCGCCACCGCGCCCUCCUACCGGCCGCCCGCCGCCUACAAGGACAACCGGGCGCCCUCGGUCACCUCGGCCUCGCACAGCGGGUACCGGCUCAAUGACUACGUGUGA